AGGGGUUAGUUAAACAACGUCUCUGACUGCGAGGCAUGACGCAGGCAGACAUCACAAGUCUUGUGGACUUGUACAACUUAUUUACAACAGAUAAAAUGCAUAGAAAAGUACACCAGAGGCAGAAAUGCCUUUUACUUGUUGCCCCCUUUCCUUCCCUGACAAUGCCUGCCUGCCAGGGGAGUUCAACCAUCAUGAUCAUGCUCAUACCAUCUUGCUAAAAACAUCAGGUAUUCCCUAUUUUGAUGCACAUCAUCAUCUUGGGUUUUUUCCUCCCCUCAGAUCCUGUACAAUUCUUUUUCUUCUUCUACAGCUUUCGAUUCUGAUUGAUUUCUAUGUCAAAAUCUUGUCUUUAUGCUUCAUAUCACCUUCUUGUGAGCAGUUUCCAUCUGGGUUUUCUUUUCAUUGCCAAGACAGCAUGCUUUAUUGAUGUGCGUUUGCUUCUGAAUUGUGAUGCUUAGCUGUAAAUAGCUUUUGUUAGAAGCGCCAGUGAAGAAAGGAAACAUGGAUGAUGGGGAGGUAGAGCUUUCAGAUCAUGUUCUACUAUCCAACCCUGAUUCAUCUAGCAAUUUGCUGGAUUCAACAUCUGUAGAUUUAAUAAUUGACGAAUUCUUCAAGAAUACCAGAACAUGUACUCACACUCACACUUGCAACCCACCUGGCCCUGAUACCGCACAUACACAUACUUGCUACCACACACAUACCCAAGUUAUUACAUCUGAAGAGGAUGAUCACCAGAACAAUAAGAACAGCUCUAGUUUGAAACCAAGGAGGCCUUCGGGGAAUAGAGAAGCAGUCCGGAAGUAUAGAGAGAAAAAGAAGGCACAUACUGCUUAUUUGGAAGAGGAAGUUAAGAAAUUGCGCUUACUGAACCAGCAACUAGUCAGAAAAUUGCAAGGACAGACAAUACUUGAAGCAGAGGUUCUGAGGCUCAGAAGCCUUUUGGUAGACCUUAGAGCAAAGAUUGAUGGUGAGUUGGGUCUUUUCCCCUUCCAAAAGCAGUGUAACAAUGCCACUAUUUUGAAGGAAGGUGAUUGUGGGGUGCAAUCUACUGAUGAGUCAAUCGGUCUACAAUGUCAGACCGAUUUGCCAUGCUUCCAUCCACAUGCAGGAUCGUCAUCACAGGCUAGCAUUGGUGGAAGCGAGAAAAUGAAUAUAUCCUGGGAAGGAAACUGUCAGCCUGCAAUUGUAAAUUGUCAAGCUAACAUAAAUCAGAUGGAAGUGUUGAAGGACACCACGUGAACGCAGUCGAAACCUUGGUAUCAUGUGCACCCCAAGAUGAAUAACUGCAAAGGAAGAGCUUAUUUGUAAGUCUCCAUAUAUUUGAUCUUCAUCCAUAAAAAGUCUGUCCAGGUCUUUUCCAGUAUGCUCAUUAUGCAAGCAUAACAUUACAUGCUUUGGUAUAUAGAAUAACAAUGCGAGGAGUGUUUGUUAGGUUGAUUACCACUGUAAAUGCAUAUGUAUCACAUACCUAAAUACCACAACUUUAGCCUGACGGAACCAUGUAACUGAGAGUCAAGAACAUAACAUCUUGUUUUGAUCUCUUAACAGCUUAUAUAAAUCUAGUACUAGUAUGUAAAUAUUUAAA